AUGGGAGCUCGGGCCUUCCUCUCCACCACGACCCUCGUAUUCGGUGGCCUGACUAUCGCCAUGGGCUUCGCUACGUCUUGGACGCAUCAGAUCCCCAUUCGCUUGCUUCUCGGGGUUUUUGAGAAUGGUAUCCUUCCGGGUGUUGCCUACUUGACGAGUUGCUGGUAUCCAAGGUUCCAGUAUGCGAAGCGCAGCGCCGGAUUCUUUAUCAUAGGGCUAUUAUCUUCAGCAUUUUCUGGCAUACUGUCUUACGCGUUUUCCCAAAUGGGCGGUGUGGGCCCCGGUGCUCAGCUUGGCCAGUAUGUGCCUAGCGCUAACGGAAACCUUCAACAAUUGCCGGGUAUUGCUGGCUGGCGAUGGAUUUUCUUUAUGCAGGGAGUCGUUACGGUUGUCAUAGCAGCCCUGGCAGCUAUCUUUAUCAUUGACUUCCCAGAGCAUGCCAGCAAAGUUCGAUGGCCUCCAAAGUUUCUUACCGAGAGGGAAGCUGAGCUUGUAGUAGCCCAAAUUAACAAGGACCGCUCUGACGUCGCUGCUGAACGUUUCAAUCUCACGCGCUAUCUUGCUAGUGCUUUGGAUUUGAAGAUAUGGAUGUACGCCAUUAUAUUUGGGACUACUGCUAUCAAUACCUUUGGUGUCGCGUAUUUCCUGCCAGUUGUUUUGAGGCAGGGGAUGGGUUUUAGCACCGGUUUGUCGCAGCUUCUUGUUGCCCCCCCAUACGUGGUCUCGGCUAUGUGUGUAUACAUCUCGGCCUGGGCGGCCGAUAAGUAUCAUUACAAGGGGUUUAUGAUCCUGGCAUGGGCGCUGCUGAGCCUGGUAGGACUCUCGUUCCUCGCCCUGUUGCAAAAUGUGGGAGUCCGCUAUCUCGGAGCCUUCGUUGCCACAUCCGGUGUCAACACAGUGACGACGUUGACAAUUGCGUGGCAAGCUAACAAUAAGGCCCUGAGUCUCGGCGGCUCCCAGCCCAAAUCCCAGGAUGGACUGGCAACCGCCGACUCCUCCAUUGAGGUAUUCUCCGCGAAGACCGUUGACAAUCUCCAUCACACUCUUAAACGCAUUGGCGAUCAGGUCUCGCAUCGGCACAAGAAGUUGCCCGCCACCCCGGCUAUCACAAAGUCGAUUCCACCCAACUCCCGUGCGCAUCGUUCCACGGAGCUCUGUAGUGACUAG